AUGAAUAAUAUCGAUUUUGAAGAAGAUCGAACAAGAGCAAUACAGCAAACUCUUGAUAAAAAUCCAUCAGCUUUCUAUCCUAAGAUUGAGGCUGCAACUGUAAGAGAUCGAGUUGCCUCAAAAAUUACUGCGAAUGUUUUGAAGUCUUUCGUUAAUCCUGAUUUUUUAAGUGGCUUCGAUGCUUACAUAACUCCUGGUUUAAUUGAAGUUGUUUGUUCAUGUAUGCUUUCACAGCUGAUUUUAUCUGAAUCUGGAAUUAACCAGGAGGCAAUCAUACUCGUUGAAUUCGCUAAAUUUCUCGAGCAUGUUCUGAAGUCCAUGACGAUCCAAAUAAAAAAUGAGCAAAUUAAUUAUUUUUCCUUCGUUGAAUCACCUUCGAAAGGUAAUACAACAAUUUCGCUUCUGAAUAAUGAAACAGCUCCAUAUUCUACUUCAACAGGCUACUCUGAUGAUAUUACCAAUGAUACGAAUGCAGUGACACUAGCAGAGCAAUCCAAUUUAAUCGGUAGAUCAAAUGAGUGUACAAAAUCUGCUCAAACCCUAUCUAAAUAUCAUACGUUUUCUGAAAUAAAUUAUGAAACAAUUCAGCCAAGUUUUCGCUCAUUUUUAUCUUCGAACGAAGAAGCAGAGACCCAACGCGUUUAUGGGAACUGUGGCAUCCCCUUUUCAAGUGAAUCAACCAUUCUCCCUUCGAAUUAUCAAUUUACCACACAACCACAUCUAGUUCCAGUCGUACCCUUAGAUCCCACAAUUCAGAAUGAUAACAUGGUCGCCGAGAUACUUCCAUACGAACAGACCGUUCUCGGAAGUGUUUCUGCAGAAAACUAUUCAAGCGAGGCCGAUCUUGCAGUUGCAGCUAUCAGUAGUGAAAUGAGCAGUUCAAACUCCGAAUGCAAUAGUAUUUAUGGAUUCCAAGACUGUGGACCUGAUUAUUGUUCAAGCUACACUGCGCUUUGA